ACUGACAGCAAGAUGGCGACCGCCAACAGCACCAACGCGGACCAGGAUGCCGUCUUAGACGAUUUUGAAGCUCUGGACCCUUCUCUGCGCAAUGUAGUUGAGCAAAAGUCGCUCAAGUGGAUAUUCGUCGGCGGGAAAGGCGGGGUAGGGAAGACCACGUGCAGUUGUAGCCUGGCGAUCCAGCUGGCGAAGGUUCGUGAGCGAGUUCUCAUCAUCUCCACGGAUCCUGCACACAACAUCUCCGACGCCUUCGACCAAAAGUUCUCCAAAAUCCCAACAAAAGUCAACGGCUUUGAGAACCUGUUUGCAAUGGAAAUUGAUCCCAAUCUGGGGAUGUCUGAAUUACCUGAUGACUUUUUUGAGGAUCAAGCAGAAGGUGGCGCUCUUGGUGUAGGGAAGGCCAUGAUGCAGGAGUUACUGACAGCCUUUCCUGGAGUGGACGAGGCCAUGAGUUAUGCAGAGGUCAUGAGAUUGGUGAAGGGGAUGAAUUUCUCCGCUGUCGUUUUCGACACGGCGCCGACCGGACACACGUUACGCCUCCUGUCGUUUCCGGCGGUCGUUGAGAAGGGUCUGGGCAAACUCCUGAGGUUAAAGUCGCAGAUUACGCCCUUCAUACAACAGAUUGGAGGUUUGCUGGGAUUGGGGGAUAUAAACGCUGACGAGAUGUCGUCACGACUAGAAGACACCUUGCCGAUCAUACGCCAAGUCAACGAACAGUUCCGGGAUCCGGACCAGACGACAUUCGUCUGCGUGUGCAUCGCAGAGUUCUUGUCGUUGUACGAGACGGAGAGACUGGUUCAAGAGCUGACCAAGUGUAACAUCGACACCCACAACAUCGUGGUGAACCAGCUGCUAUUCCCCACACAAGAGGACCAGCCCUGCAGAAUGUGUGCCGCCAGGUACAAGAUGCAGUGUAAAUAUCUCGACCAGAUUGAAGACUUGUAUGAAGACUUCCACAUUACGAAGCUGCCACUGCUAAACCAUGAGGUACGGGGGAUAGAGAAGGUGAAGCAUUUCUCAAAACAUAUCCUGGAGCCGUACCACGCAGGACAACCGCUGUAGGCCAGGCACGAGUCACAUUUAAGCUAAGGGCAUAACCCGCUGUACAUGCUUUUUGUCCAUACGUUUUUGUGGGAUGUCACAUCCGCCACGUUUUUUCUGAAAAUGUGGGGAAGGAAUGGCCAGAGCAGGGAGGGAGUAUGUCUCGAUGUAUGUCGCUCGCACAGUUGAGCAAGGUGUAAUACGUAAGUAUGUGGUCUGCAUGCCACGCCUGGCUGUGAGCCAGUUGCGUGCAUCAUUUGUUGCACAAAUGGUGAGUUUCGUUGUAUGUGCUUACAACUUACUUACCACUUGCGGAUCCCAAACAAUUGCCCACGUUUUGGCACGUAGACACCACACAGUUGCAUGUUCGGUGGGCUGUGCCCUUAGCUUUAGUAUUACCUCAACAAUGAAUAUUCAGUGUUGAUCCAUAUUGUAAUAUAAAAGAUUGAUUCCAAAGGUCUUGCAAAAUGUGCAGAAAGCCUAAAGAAUUAUCUCUAUAAAUUUAAAUUCCUCUGUUGCACUAUAGCAAGAUACCCUUUGGAAAAGUACUAUUCCUAUAGUAUCAAAAAGAUCUUACUACCAGAUGUCUUGUUGGGUACCAGUACAGAAAAUUUAGGUACAGUUUUGGUCCAAGUCCAGAGGAUCAGGUCCAUGUCCGGAUCUGAACCUACAUGUAAUUAUCAUUGGGCAAAACUCAAAUUGAUGGUCCCUUUUGCUACAAAGGAUUCUGUUUGAAAGAGUAUUCGACAUCCACUGGCUUUUUAAGAUCCUAUCUUCAUGUAAACAACACUUACUGCCUCUGUUUUAGACCAGGUUUGACUGUAUAAACUUGGUAAAAAUGACUAUCAACUCUCCUCUGCUUCGCUCCUGUUAUAAGCCCCAAAACGUAACAAUCCUGCCGGUAAAAUCUGUUCAUUUUCUAACUGGACCAAAAUCCGGUCCAGUUUUCCUGGACUGGUCCAACAAGAAAAAAACUGUUUUGUACCAGUACAUUCCGGUACCCACUCCUAACCAGAUGACAUGUUCAUGUACAUAGCAUAGAAUAUAUGCUGAAUGGGUACGGAUCCAGAGGAUGGUGCCAACACGCUCUUUUUGGUAGCAGAAUAAACUUGGUAUUUGAGCAUUCUAGAUGCACAUGUCUUGUACAUGUAUUAGUCUUAGAGAUGUGAGAGUACUGGACAGGGCUCUCUCUGCCCAACUUCGCACCUUGUCUGAGCAAAGUUCUGUAUCAUGGAACAUGCAAGAAAGUAGGGAUAUGCUUCUGUACAUUUUGAAGUUUGUUACCAUCUAAAAGACCUUUUUCUGCAUUUUGAGGGGAACAUUGCAUACAAUGCCAUGAUCUUGCAAAUAGUUUGUGACACUGUUGGUACCCUAAUAAAAAUGUUUAUGAAGGGAAACAAAGCUAUUGAAAUUUGUGUCCAUUCCUCAUUUAAGUUUUUCCUAGUAUAGAUGGACUGAUGCUUGAGAGAGCCCUGGUUCUGAUAUUUCAUAGAAUGUAGAGACAAUGUGCAAAACAUGUGUGACAGAGAUAUACAUACAGCAGAAAAAUAUGUGGAAGGUUAAGAGUAUGAGUAUGUCAUAUAUCUGCUGGAAGUGUACUGUAUCUUUAUGGCAAUUGAUUUCUAUUGACACAUUGUACAUGUAGGUAGUUUAGUUGUAUGAAAAAGGCUGAUAUGCAUCAGCUGCAAUUAUAGUAUUUUAAGUUUUCUGAAUGUAAUAUCUGUUGACCCAUGUUGAGCUUACUGUUAAACAAGUUGAAGCACCAUGUAUUGUGAACGCAUAGAACAUGGAAAUUUUCUUGCCUCACAACUUAGGUUCCAUGUCACUAUCUUUUCUUUGUUUCUCAUCAUGCAUUUUCAAUGAUUAUAAAGUACAACAUAGAAUGAAUUACUUGACUGAAGGUGUUUCUUUCUGAAUUUGUUUCCAUUUGUCACAUGAAUCUGAUAUAAAACUAUGUGAUGUGUAUCAAA